AUGAAAGGAAAAGGUGGGAUGGGCGGAAGCGGGGGAACGAGGGACGCCAAAAGGAGGAGAGCGGGGGGAGGCGAAGCAGAGGCGGAAGACCUGGCAAGAGCGGGCAUCACAUAUGGUUCAGACUCGCCGCUCAACGCGUCGCUGACCACAGCAUCGCCUUUGGGGAGGCGUCUCAUCUCCAGCGGGCGCGCGUCGAAGCACUGCGGGUGGAGGUCAGCAACUCCAGCGGCAGCACGAGCGACGGGAACGUCAGGGCGAUCAGUGUUUGCGAUGCUGCACUCGCAAUCGCUCUCAGCCAAUGUGAACCUUGUGAAGUCCACCCAGGCAGCGAAACAUCGAUCGUAG